AUGCCGCAACCUGAAACAGGCAGCAGAGGCCAGCGAGCAGACAGUUCCAGUGACCCAGAUCGAACUGCUAAGACUCAGGUUUCUCAGGUGGCGCAGCUCUUUGCUCGUAUACAGCAGGAAAUCGAGGAGGCCUGCCCCCCAAACGCCAUUCACUUCAUCGUCGACUUCCUCUGCAAGCACUACCCCGAACACCUGAAGGGCUUUGCUUCUAUAUGGAAUGCUGACUCUGAGCUUGAGAGGGAUAGACUGCUAGUUGUUGAAUUCUUCAAGGCGCAGAAACUGCCCACAGAUGUCGCCGCCCACUUCACUAAUGCUGGAUUCGAUACGCUGGAGACUCUGUGUACGCUGACAGCAGAGUCGCUGGACGACAUAGAGAAGUUCAACCAAACGCGAUGGCUGCCGGGGCACAAAGUGCGGCUGCAGCAAACGUUCGCUGAUAUUGCUGGGAGGGUGCGGGCCUUCACUGAGGAGCGGGACUACCUGCUGCGUGCUGCUUCGGGUUUCUGCAGCCAUCCUCAGCUGGUGAGCAAACAGAAUGUGUUGCCGCUUCCUUCUUCUUCUUUCCCCUCUUCAGCGAAUGUAUGUUGCGGCCCCGCUCCAGCUCAAAGCCCGCCUCCAGUAACUUACCGCGCUUCUCCAUCAACGCCAUACACCACUCUCUACAACCCUGUAGCAACACAGGUGGUGACAUACGCAACAGACGUGGCUCGAAAUUAG